AUGAUGACGGGACGUGGCGGCGGCAAGGAGCCCGGGGGAAACAGGCCCAAGAGGGCUGCUUCACCCGGCUCGCCUCCCUCGGGCGAGCAGUCCGAGGCCAAGAGGGCCAAGCUGGCGCACGACUCUCCAGCCUCUCCUGCUCCCGCGAGCGCGGAUGCAGACGACCAUGCGCAGCAGCCGCAGCAGCAGGAUCCUCAUCACUUCUAUGCUCAGGAGCCCUGGAUGCCCGAUUUCUUCGCUCCCGUAAAUGCUCCCAGCGGCAGUGGCAGCUACAACAUUGGCGGCGAUGGCGACGGAGGAGCUGAUGACUCGGUCGAAGGGGCCCUCCAACUGGCUCUCGGUGGCGGUGUUGACGACUUUGACGCUGUUUUUGGAGACUUGGUCGAUCUGGAUGGGGCGGCGGCGGCGGCGGCGGCGUCUACUUCGUCGCAUACUCAGCCUGCUUCCCCGUAUGCGUCUGCAUUUUCGUCUUCUCCGACUUCGCAUGGGGCCGUGGCGGGCCAGCAACAGCGGUUUCAGGGGCAGGCUCCGAUUCAGCAUCAGCAGCAGCAGCAGAUUCCGGAGCAGGCUCCGACUCAGCAGCUUCAGCAUCAGUCCCAGCAGCCGGUUCAGCAGCAGCCGGCGCUUCAUCUUCCUGCCCAGCCCAUGCAGCGGCCGGCUCCUCCUCAGCAGCAACUUCACCUCCCGGCCCAACCUGUUCAGCAGCAGUUCCAUGUCGCUCCUCAGCAGCUUCUCCUCUCGGCCCAGCCUGACCAGCAGCCGGCUCCUCAGCAGCAGCAACUUCAUCUCUCUCCUCAGCAGCUUCUCCUCUCGGCCCAGCCUGCCCAGCAGCCCGCUCCUCAACAGCCCGCUCCUCAGCAGCAGCUUCAGCUCUCUCCCCAACAGCCUCUCCUCCCGGCCCAGCCUGUCCAGCAGCCCGCUCCCCAGCAGCCGGCCCCCGUCGCUGCCCAGCAACCGCAGCAGCCCGACAACAGCACCCUGACCGGCGAGCAGGUCGUCCAGGCCGCCUACGGCAACGGCGUCCGCAUCGACAGCGUGCUGUGCAGGCGCCUGGCCGGCGAGCCGGCCCAGCGCGAGCCCGUCCAGCGCCGCGCCGCACAGAGGCUCAACAUUGAGCGCCGCAGCAACGUCGAGGCCCUCCUGGCCCACGUCACUGGCCAAGUGGCGGCCCAGCCCUGCAAGAACUGCCACAAGGGCCACGGGCCCUGGACCCAGUGCGUCGUCUAUGACGGCCAGAUGUGUGGCAGCUGUUCGAAUUGCUGGUUCAACGCGAGCGGUUCGAGGUGUACGUUUCAUGAGAACAAUAAUCCUCAGCCGCAGCAGCACAUGCACCAGCAGCAGCAGCAACCUCUCCCUGCCACCCCCCAGCACCCUGCGCCCGUCCAGCAGCAGCUGCCCCAGCAGCAGCUUCAGCAGCUGGCGAAUCCCUACCAGCAGCCUGCUCAGCAGCAGCAGCAGCAUGUGCACCCAUACCAGCAGCAUCUUCCGCAUCAGCAGCAACAGCUGGUGAACCCAUACCAGCAGCAGCCUCUCCAGCAUCAACAGCAGCAGCUGGUGAGCCCAUACCAGCAGCAGCCUCUCCAGUAUCAUCCCGCCGUCGCCGCAACGGCCUCUCCCACCCCCUCAUCCCAUUACCGCCAUCGUCGCUCCCAGGGCCCGGCACACUUUGCCAACGGCGUCAACCUCAGCCACCUCAGCGCCAACGACAUUGCCCAGUGGCGCUUGGCCGAUGCGGCCAGACGCGCCGUCGCCCGCGGCAUGGACAGCACUCGGAUUGUCUCUCGCCGACUGCGACUCAUUGCAAGGAUCGAGGCCGCUGCCGAGGAGCUCGGCAUGCGCAUUACAGAGUACGACGAGUACGCCCGCAGCCCCGAGGGCAUCGCCGAGGGCGACGGGAGCGUUUCUUCCGAUGUUGCCGCCCAGCAGCAGCACGAUGACGACGACAACGCCUCGGUGGGCCAGUACGAGCCUCCUCCUCAUCGCUCGCCCUCGCCUCCCUCUCACCACUCUCAUGACCGUGUCCAUGAGGAUGCCUAG